AUGGCUUCACAGUCUCAAGCUAUCCUUCUCCUUCAAAAGCAGCUCAAAGAUCUGUGUAAAAACCCAGUGGAUGGAUUUUCAGCGGGUUUGCUGGAUGAAGAAAACCUGUUCGAAUGGAGCGUGACAAUUAUUGGGCCACCUGAUACACUUUAUGAGGGUGGUUUCUUCAAUGCUAUUAUGAGCUUCCCCCAAAAUUACCCGAACAGUCCUCCAACAGUGAGAUUUACCUCAGAGAUGUGGCAUCCUAAUGUUUAUUCAGACGGGAAGGUUUGUAUUUCUAUUCUUCAUCCUCCUGGUGAUGAUCCAAAUGGCUAUGAGCUUGCUAGCGAGCGCUGGUCACCUGUCCAUACGGUGGAAAGUAUAGUUCUAAGCAUCAUAUCAAUGCUUUCAAGUCCUAAUGAUGAAUCUCCUGCGAACGUCGAAGCCGCUAAGGAAUGGAGAGAUCAAAGGGAUAACUUCAAGAAAAAGGCAUUAUUGGACAGCAUGCUAGGAGUGUCAGGAAUUUUCCGGAGAAAUAAAGAGGUUGAAUGCAGCUCUUUGCAAGUUAGCAUGGAUAACCGUUAG